GGGCGGGGGGCGGCCCGCCCCGCAGGAGCGCGGCUCCUUUUGUCUGCAGCCUCCGCGCCGCCGCCGCCCCUCCCCGCCCGCCCGGAGCGCGGGGCUGCGGCGCCGCCGCUGACACGGCUCGGCCGCCGCCGGGCGGAGGCUGCGCGUCGCAGAGGCGCGCGGGCGGGCGGGCGGCCCGGAGGGCGCGCGGCGGCGAUGGCGGCGGCGGCGGCGGCGCGGGGCGGGCUGCGGCGGCCGCGGCGGGCGGCGCGGGGCUCGGGCUAGCCGCGGGGCCGGCCGGAUGGCGGGCGGCGCGGGCUGGGCGGGCGCCCCCGCGGCUCUGCUGCGCUCCGUGCGCCGCCUGCGCGAGGUGUUCGAGGUGUGCGGCCGCGACCCCGACGGCUUCCUGCGCGUGGAGCGCGUCGCGGCGCUGGGGCUGCGCUUCGGCCAGGGCGAGGAGGUGGAAAAACUUGUCAAAUAUUUGGAUCCCAACGACCUCGGGAGAAUCAACUUCAAAGACUUUUGCCGAGGGGUGUUCGCCAUGAAAGGGUGCGAGGAGCUGCUGAGAGAUGUGCUGUCCGUGGAGAGCGCGGGGACGCUGCCCUGCACGCCCGAGAUCCCAGACUGUGCGGAGCAGGGCAGCGAGGUGCCAGGCCCUACCUUUGCUGAUGGCGAGCUCCUCCCCAGGGACCCCAGCUUCUUUCCCGAGGACGAGGAGGAGGCUAUGACGCUGGCCCCACCUGAGGGCCCCCCGGAGUCAGACAUGGACAGCCCCAUGGAGAGCAUGCAGAGCCUGGAGGGGUCGGUUGGGAGUCCUGCCGAGGAGAAGGACGGAGGGCUCGGGGGCCUGUUCCUGCCGGAGGACAAGUCCCUGGGCCACGCCCCAUCCAUGACCACGUCGGACCUCUCCACACACUCCACCACCUCGCUUAUCAGCAACGAGGAGCAGUUUGAAGACUAUGGAGAGGGGGACGACGUGGACUGUGCCCCCAGCAGCCCCUGCCCCGAUGACGAGACCAGGACCAACGUUUACUCGGACCUGGGAUCUUCAGUGUCUUCCAGUGCGGGGCAGACACCCAGGAAAAUGCGGCACGCCUACAACAGCGAAUUGCUGGAUGUUUACUGCUCUCAGUGCUGUAAGAAGAUCAACCUGCUGAAUGACCUGGAAGCCCGACUGAAAAACCUGAAGGCCAACAGCCCUAACCGGAAGAUCUCUAGCACGGCCUUUGGACGGCAGCUCAUGCACAGCAGCAACUUCAGUAGCAGUGACGGUAGCACUGAGGACCUGUUCCGAGACAGCAUUGACUCCUGUGACAACGACAUCACGGAGAAGGUGAGCUUCCUGGAAAAAAAAGUGACAGAACUGGAGAAUGACAGCCUGACCAAUGGGGACCUGAAGAGCAAGCUGAAGCAGGAGAACACACAGCUCGUGCACAGGGUGCACGAGCUGGAGGAGAUGGUGAAAGAUCAGGAGACCAUGGCCGAGCAGGCCCUGGAGGAGGAGGCGCGGCGGCACCGCGAGGCCUACGGCAAGCUGGAGAGAGAGAAGAGCACGGAGAUUGAGCUGCUCAACACCAGGGUGCAGCAAUUAGAGGAGGAAAACACCGAGCUCAGAACAACAGUGACCCGGCUCAAGUCACAAACAGAGAAGCUGGAUGAGGAGCGGCAGCGCAUGUGUGACCGGCUAGAGGACACCAGCCUGCGGCUCAAAGAUGAGACGGACCUGUACAAGCGCGUGACGGACAAGCUGCGGCAGAACCGCCUUGAGUUCCAAAAGGAACGGGAGGCGACGCAGGAGCUCAUCGAGGACUUGCGGAAGGAGCUAGAGCACCUGCAGAUGUACAAGCUGGACUGCGAGCGGCCAGGCCGGGGGCGCAGCUCGUCCUCUGGCCUGGGCGAGUUCAACGCCAGGGCCCGCGAGGUGGAGCUGGAGCAUGAGGUCAAGCGGCUCAAGCAGGAGAAUCAUAAGCUGCGGGACCAGAAUGAUGACUUGAAUGGACAGAUCUUGAGCCUCAGCCUCUAUGAAGCAAAGAACCUCUUUGCCACCCAGACCAAAGCCCAGUCUCUGGCCGCAGAAAUAGACACGGCCUCUCGCGAUGAGCUCAUGGAAGCCCUGAAGGAGCAGGAGGAGAUCAACUUCCGGCUGAGGCAGUACAUGGACAAGAUUAUCCUUGCCAUCCUGGACCACAACCCUUCCAUCCUUGAGAUCAAACACUGAGACGAGGGCUGGCUGCAGAGCGGCCUCGGGACCCUCCCAGCCCUGGACCCUGGGACCGAGGCGCAGACCCCACUUGAGGAUGCGGCCCAAGCCAGGCCACACACACACACACACACACACACACACACACACACUGUAAACAUCUCUGGCCACCAUGUCCUGUGUACUGAUGUGUAUGUGGGGAAGCCGCUCACACAGCAAGGGGUGAGCGUGGGGCUGUGAAUGUCAUCUGCACAGUUACUGCCCGUGCACUUUGCAGUCCCCUUGCAAGAGCGGAUGGUCCUGGAGGGUGGGAGGGGCAAGGUCUGCUAUCAGGAGUUACUGUAAUAACAAGAACUGGAAGACUGUGUUUCAGGUACUGGAUGAAAAUGAUUCUACCUCUGGGGAUGAGGAUUUAAAGAUGCUCUAGUGAGACAGGCUCUUUUCACCCCACCUCUGUUCCCUCUGGGAGUGGGAGCAAAAUUAUGGUCUUUCCCAGGGGUUCGAAUGCCUAACGGCCACAUCCUCCCCAGCCUCUUUGGCCACCUUUCAAGCCUAGGUGCUCAGGCUCAGAGAGGAGGAAGGGGCCCUCCCAGAGCCCCUCCCUGGCCAGCAGCCCCUGUGAUGCCUGUGCAUGGGGUGUCCCGAGGACUCAGGCUUGCAGGAGAGCUGGCAUGGGGCAGCCUUCGUUUGAGAAGUUCUUGGUAUUUGGGGGGUUUCCUGUACACUUCCCCAUCCCUGCCUGUCUGCCUGCCUCUUCCUUUCUGGCUUGGUUGUUUUUUGGUUUUUAUUUUAGAGAGUGCGAGUCGGGGAGAGGCGCGGGGUCGAGGGUGGGGUGGGGGCGGAGAGAGAGAGAGAGAGAGAGAGAGAGAGAGAGAGAGAGAGAGGGAGGGAGGGAGGGAGAGAGAGAGAGAGAAUGAAUCUUAAGCAGGCUCCACACUCAGCAUGGAGCCUGACGCCAGGCUCAAUCCCACAACCCAGGGAUCAUGACCUGAGCUGAAAUCAAGAGUUGGACGCUCAACUGACUGAGCCACCCAGGUGCCCCUCUUUCUGUUUUAUUGUUAAGACCAUGAAAAAUGAACGGUAUUUAACUUGAGUGUAAAAUGAAGGGAAUAAAAGGGGGUGGGGAGUGGGGGCCAGGGGUGUCUAAGGCACAUGUUGGCAUUGGGUGACAAAGACCUUAGUUCCAGGGAGGAGCGUGGUCCCAUUCCAGUCUGUUCCCUCCCCGUGGGCUGCAUUUCACGAGAAGCAUGGAUGGACAGUCCACAGGCGGGGAGUGGGCCUUGCUUACCUGCUCCUGUUCUCCACACAACCUGGUGAUGGCAGGCCUCAGGUUUGGAGUUUGGGAUUCUGAGCUCUGGGCUUGACUCAGCUGGGUAGCGAGGCCCCCGUGUCCCACCUUUUGGAAACUCUCCUAUUCAGUUCUCAGCCAGGAGAGGUGUGCUGGUGAGAGACACGGGUGGGGAGAUCACAGGGAAACCUUCGUCCUCCAUCCUUGUGACACAUGGUGGAAAUUCUCUCUCUGGAUUUUUUUUUUCUCUCUCUCUGGAUUUUUAACGUGAUCUUUUGUUGUAGGCAGCUGGUACUUUGAGUUUUCCAGUUUGUCUCAGUUUUAUAUGGCUUGUGAUUCAUUUCGUUAAUCCACACAUAUAUAAACAUGUAUGCUCUUGGUUUUUUUUCCCCUGCAGUUUGUUUUCUUCAGCAAUUCUAGUGUAAGAAGGAAAGUUCAGGCAUGUUGGGGAGGGGCAAGAAGGGGUGUAUGCAGAGAAGCGGGGGCAGGAGAGGGUGAAGAGGGGAUCGGGGACUUGGGAUGUAUGUUCCCUGUUCACGAAGGCAGGGCUGUGGCCACCACCCAUCUUCAUUCCGUUCCAGUCAACUUUUGCUUCUGUUGGAUUUUGUGAUUUCUUUUGAAGCAUAAGUGUGGGGUUUGUUUCAUGCUGCAGAUAACGGGGCUGCGUUGGUCUGAUCCAGGCCUUCGGGGGUCACCCACCGCAGGAAGACUAGGGCAGGGAGUCUCUUGACCCCCGAGGGUGCUGGUCUCCUUGGGCUCCUCCAGGGGUCUGAGAAGCAGCAGCAGUGGAAAGAAGGCCUGAGGAGUGAGUCUCUUGAGAAUUUGCUAAUGGCCCCUAAUUAAGGGAAAGGAAAGAAGAUGUAUCAGGACUUGGCUUUGGUCUGGAUUUGACACCAGGAGGAGUCCUACAGAGGCCAGCCAGACCAAGGUCCUGGGCUGUGGGAGACUCGCCCCAGGGAUGAGCAUUUUAUAGGUAAAACUUUAUAUGCUCUUUAGCUGCUUUGAUCUGGAAUUCCAAAGGGCCCAGAGGCCUGGGUUGCACAGUCACACGGUCAUUAGGCGGGAAGGAAUUUCUGCCUUGGUGUAAAGGCGUGGAAAAAGCGGUCUGCCAGCAACAUUCUGCCACCUCCUCCCUGAAGGGGGCGCCAUGGGAGCGGCCUCCCUGAGGACGCCACGUCUCAAAGGCCCCAAGGGACCUGGUGCUGUGCCUGUGGUCUCUGGAAAAAGGGCGGACUUUAAAAUGAGAUUAAACUCCACGCAACCCAGGUCUCGAGUUAAAUCCAGCCAUCUUCAGCCAGAGUAUGUCUCAUAAAACCCAGACCGUCUAAUUGGCUCUUAAUGAUCAUGUAGCGUUUUUAACCGCUCUUCCCUGCUUGAAAGCUCGCCUGAGGGGUGCACAUGCCCCAAGGGUCCCAGCCCCAUGGGCCCUGCGAGGCACCGGCGGGGCAGACCCUGCCCCCUUCCAGUGUUUCCCCCUACUUUGUGUGUGGUCUGGUAGAGCGUUACACUCUUCUCUCUCUCCGUACGGUGGGCUGCUAGGUAGCAUGCACGGUGCCCAGCCCAGUGUGCAUUUCGGGCAAACAAAACAGAACUCGUAGGAGAAGUAUGUUCCCUGCAAUGCCUGGAACAUAUUUAAAAUGGAGAGAGUUUUAAAAUUCUAAUAACUGGGUGGAAUCCACAGAGGUUCUGACUUCGUUGGUGUGGAGCAUGGCCGCCGAGGCACCGGAAUGUUUGAACAACUCCCCAGCUGACUGUAAUUUAACUGGGUGCCCCUAUGUGGGUUUUGUUUUCUGUUUUCGCUGAACCCGGCCACCUUACCAAGUAGCGAUUAGUAAUAACUUGUCCAAAGUUUAGAGGUGUUGCGGGGGCGUGGAGAGGGGUUUCUGCAACAGAUUCACGUUUUACUCGACAGUUGGCUAUCCUUACAUUCAGUUGGAAACCAGACAAAAUUUGCUGAAUCGGCAAGUGAGGGUUAUAUACAAUAUCUAAUAGAAAAGGAGGUACUCUCUGGCUUAGCUAGGCCUUACUCUGUGGGAAAGUAUAAGAAAUAAAGUUCUAGUAGAAAAAAAAUUUUUUUAACUUUGAAUUGGCCAAGUUACACAAAUUAUUAUGUUUUUUUUAUUAGAGAGCAGGGGAGAGGGGCAGAGGGAGAGAACGAGAGAAUCUUAAGCAGGCUCUACACUCAGCAAACAGCCCGACUCGGGGCUCGAUCGCAUGGCUCGUGACCUGAGCUGAAAUCAAGAGUCUGACCUUCAACCAACUGAGCCACCCAGGCACCUGUAGACACACACACACACACACACACACACACACACACACACACACACACACUUCUUAAUUUGUAGAUUCUCUAAGAAUGGCCAGAGGGAAAUUCCUUUACCUUGACUUUGUUUCUGACCUGUUACAAACACAGAGCUCAAGAAUCUCCGAAAGCACUUGGACCUGAAACAGUGGUUUUCAACUUGGGUUGUGCAUUGAAAUCACCUAGGGAGAUAUAAAAACUUCCGCCUGAGCUGAACCCUGCCCCUCCUCCCAUCUCUGCCCCCAGAUUCCAGUGUAAUUGGUGUAGGUGUGGCCCGGGCACGCAGAUGUUGAAAGAGCUCCCCAGGUGACACCGACGGGUAGCCCCAGGUUGAGACCCCUGCCCUAGAGGGUUGCUAGCCAAGGGUAGAGGAAGCAGGUACAGUUGGUCGUCAGGUUUGUUAAUCCAGGUGCUGCGUUAACAGUAGGGUGUCAGUGGCUUUGAUGGAUGGUGAGAAGCCAGGAGAUCCCUCUCCCCAGGAUGGGAGGCCAGGUGCCUUCAGGAACUGGUGUGCCCAGCUGUUCUCGUCACCCUGGGGGUUAGCACACCUGAGCGGGCAAGUCUCUGUCGGGUGCCCGUGGGGUCAGGCGCGGGCCCAUUCUGGAGUUGGGGUAGAACAGAGUCAAGGGUCGCGGAGGGGCUGUCCCCCGGAAGGCAGCCUCCUACUUGCACAGCUGAGCAGGAGGGGACACUGGCGCUGUGGGUUUUGCCUCUGACCUGUUUUCAGGCUGGGUGGAUGAGGGUCACCCCAGCGUCUCCACUUUCAGCACCCAAACCAGCACACCCCGGCCCACGUCCAGGAGGCUCCAGGUGCUGGUCUGCUGGAUCAUCUGAUUCCUGACCCAGCCAGGUCCCGGUGGUCAGGAGGGCACAGUGCGGGCGCUUUUGUUCCACUGAGGGACCUAAUGGCCAGCAGAAACUGUAUCGGCCAGUGGGGACUGGUGGCUCAGGGCGAAACUAAGCCCGCUUUUUGUGCUGUGGGCACGUGUGUUUAAUGCAUUAGCAAAUUUAGCAGGGGAAGUUUGGGAACGGUCGCCACGCCAAGAAAAUGACUGUUCGCCUGGCACGACCACAGCGACUCUUUGAAAGGGCUGAGGAGGGUUUGGGGCUGAGGGCUUCAGUGCUGGCAUCCUCCCUGGCCGGUCCUCCUUGGGGACGGAGGUCAGUCCCUGUAGGGCGAUGCUUCAGGCUGGUGGAGACCAAGGCCCAUCUGCCCAGGGGCCUCAGGCCAGAAGGGCCAAGUGCUCCCUGGUGACUUCAGGCAAGUUCCUUCUGUUGACCUUAGGGACCUUCAGGUCCUCCGUCCUGCUCUGAAUCUGUGCGCAAAAGGUCAGGGAGCAGGAGAGGCUGGCACCACGGGCCAGCCCGAGCUGCGUGGCAGCACAGCUCUAAGGCCCUUGUGCCGCCCACCUGAGAACAUAGGCUGCUUUCUGGAAAGGUUGGUUUCUGAAAGCAUAGACCCUGGCGAAGCGGUCUGACUUUGGUGCUCCGACCUUGUAGGCUCCUCCUCCUUCCUUGUGACUGUAACCUGCCAUCUGCCCCCCCCCCCCCCCCCCCCCCCCCGCCCCAGCCACCCGCAGGAGGGUGGCUGAGAAUGGUGGGAGUUAAGUGCUGUUGCCCCGGGGGGGACCGCACCUCCUACCGGGACCCUCUGCUUUGCUGUGCUGCACAGGCUGUGUUUUGUCUGCAUGGUUUGGGGUCGCUGUCCUUGUGCCUUUUUUUCUUCCCUGUCACCACUGUACAGGAUUUGCCAUGUCCUCACUGCCCCUUUUCUACAUCCUCGUGUUUACCCUGGUCCUUCCCGAGCCCUGUAAAUGUGUACAUAGCGUCCCACUUGGCGUCCACGGGGUCUGCUCCCAGGCCAGGCCUCCCAGCACGUUCUUCCACACGCGCCUCCAGGUUGCUCGCUCAGCCGUGCAGGUUUGGUAACUUUGUACAGAACUCUUUUCAUUAAGGUCUUAAGCUCGGGGGGCUCGAAGUCCCUCGUCCAGCCUGCAGCUAGUUUAGAAGCCUUGCACACCAGAAAAGGGUCACUUUGUGUAAAGCACCUUCUCCCACAAACGUCUUCCCGUAUUGGUGUCAGUAUUUAUAGAAAGCAGAGCGCACCUUUCUAACCGUGGGGUUCGGCCCAGGGCCCCCACAGGGACGUCAUGGGUCUGCGGCAGCACCCCUGGCCCCCAGAGGAAGCUCCAGCUGUGUGUGGCUCCCGGUGCUUGGCACUGGGCUGGGUUCAAGACCACCACCAUCUGGUGUCUCGAACAGCUUUGGAACUCCCAAGUGGGCAGAAGAGGCUCCUCGCUGCUGCCCCGGCCUGCCAUUAACUGCCGAGCUCUUCCUCAUCUGCCUGAGGUGCUCAGACCCGAGUGCCAUUAAUUCCCCGACUGCUGACCGGACUCACUCUCGCCCACGGCCUGCUGGCUCCCUCCGUCCUGGCCCUUCCUGCUUUCUUGGCUGGGCCUCCGGGGGCCCAGAUGGAAGAAGCUACAUGUAUGGCCUCGUGCCCAGGGGUUUGUUAGACGGCUUUGACUCUGGGAUUCCCCUUGGGUCUCGCCCCAGGAGCCUCCCUCUGGAAGUAGGCUUAUCUCCGGAGCUGGGGUGAGACCACCUCCAGGCCCCAAGGCGGGGAGAGAGGGGUGAGGCCCAAGGCUGCGUCCCAGGGCCCCAAGCUCUCCACGUCCUACCUGCUUCUAGCCAAAAAGGAGCAGGCUGUCAGAGGCAGGCUCCUUCAGGAACUCUAAUGUACAGACCAAGGUGUAAAUAAACAGUUUGCUUUUCUUGCCUGA